GCGCACACUGACCCCCGUAUCUGUCCUCGUUUCAGCUUACAGGACGCUGGCGUCGGGUUCAUCCUGGUCAUAGACCGACGGCGGGACAAAUGGACCUCCGUGAAGGCGUCGGUCCUGCGGAUAGCGGCGUCGUUCCCGGCAAACCUGCAGCUCGUCCUCGUUCUUCGCCCAACCGGAUUCUUCCAGAGGACUCUGUCCGACAUCGCUUUUAAAUUCAACAGAGAUGACUUCAAGAUGAAGGUGCCGGUCAUAAUGCUGGGCUCAGUACCAGAGCUACACGGGCACAUCGACAAGUCUCAGCUGACCGAGGACCUCGGGGGGACACUGGAUUACUGCCACACCCGGUGGCUGUGCCACCGCACAGCGAUCGAGAGCUUCGCCCUCAUGGUGAAGCAGACGGCCCAGAUGCUGCAGGCCUUCGGCACCGAGCUGGCCGAGACGGAGCUGCCCAACGACGUGCCGUCCACGAGCUCGGUGCUCUGCGCGCACACCGAGAAGAAGGACAAAGCCAAGGAGGACAUGAGGCUGGCGCUGGAGGAGGGCCGCAGCGUCCUGGAGAGCAUCAGCGCACCGCUGGCCCAGGGCCCAGAGCAUGGCGUGAACCAGGACCAGCUGGACAACCAGACCACUGUGCAGAGGCUCCUGGCCCAGCUGAGCGAGACGGAGGCGGCCUUUGACGAGUUUUGGGCAAAGCACCAGCAGAAGCUCGAACAGUGCCUGCAGCUGCGGCAUUUCGAGCAGGGCUUCCGGGAGGUCAAAGCCACCUUGGAUGUGGCGUCCCAGAAGAUCGCGACCUUCACCGACUUGGGCAACAGCCUGGCUCACGUGCAGCACCUGCUGAGAGACCUCGCCGGCUUCGAGGAGAAAUCCGGCGUGGCUGUGGACAGGGCGCAGACCCUGUGUCUGGAUGGCGAGCGGCUCAUCGAGGACCAGCACUACGCCGUGGACUCGAUCCACCCCAAGUGCGAGGAGCUGCGGCACCUGUGCGACACGUUCGCCGCGGAGGUCGGGAGGAGGAGGGGGCUGCUCGGCAAGUCCCUGGAGCUGCACGGCCUCCUGGAGACGUCCAUGAGGUGGUGUGACGAGGGCAUCUACUUGCUGGCCUCGCAGCCGGUGGACAAGUGUCAGUCCCAGGACGGGGCCGAGGCCGCCCUCCAGGAAAUCGAGAAGUUUCUGGAGACCGGUGCAGAAAAUAAGAUCCAGGAGCUCCCCCAAAUUUACAAGGACUACGAAUCCAUCCUCAACCAAGACCUGAGGGAGCACGUGCAGAAGGUCUUCCAGAAGCAGGCGAGCAUGGAGGAGAUGUUCCGCCGCAGGCAGGCCAGCCUCAAGAAGCUGGCGGCCAAGCAGACGCGGCCCGUGCAGCCCGUGGCCCCCAGGCCGGAGGCCCUGGCGAAGUCGCCCUGCCCUUCCCCAGGCAUCCGGCGAGGCUCGGAGAACUCCAGCUCCGAGGGCAGCGCGCUCCGGAGAGGGCCCUACCGGAGGGCCAAGAGCGAGAUGAGCGGCAGGCAGGGCCGCAGCGGCUCCGCGGGGGACGAGGAGGAGAGCCUGGCCGUGCUGCGCAGGCACGUGAUGAACGAGCUCCUGGACACGGAGCGCGCCUACGUGGAGGAGCUGCUGUGCGUGCUGGAGGGCUACGCGGCGGAGAUGGACAACCCCCUGAUGACACAUCUCAUCUCGACAGACCUGCACAGCAAGAAGGACGUCCUGUUCGGAAACAUGGAGGAGAUCUACCACUUCCACAACAGGAUAUUCCUGCGGGAGCUGGAAGCCUACGCAGACUGCCCGGAGCUGGUCGGGAGGUGCUUUCUGGAGCGGAGGGAAGACUUCCAGAUCUACGAGAAGUACUGCCAGAACAAGCCCCGGUCUGAGAGCCUGUGGCGGCAGUGCUCCGACUGCCCGUUUUUCCAGGAGUGCCAGAGGAAGCUGGACCACAAGCUGAGCCUGGACUCGUACCUGCUGAAGCCCGUGCAGCGCAUCACCAAGUACCAGCUGCUGCUCAAGGAGAUGCUCAAGUACAGCAGGAGCUGCGAGGGCGCGGAGGGGCUGCGGGAGGCGCUGAGCUCCAUCCUGGGCAUCCUCAAGGCCGUCAACGACUCCAUGCACCUCAUCGCCAUCACCGGCUACGACGGCAACCUGGGCGACCUGGGCAGGCUGCUCAUGCAGGGCUCCUUCAGCGUGUGGACGGACCACAAGAGGGGCCACACCAAGGUGAAGGAGCUGGCCCGGUUCAAGCCGAUGCAGCGGCACCUGUUCCUGCACGAGAAGGCCGUGCUCUUCUGCAAGCGGCGGGAGGAGAGCGGCGAGGGCUACGAGAAGGCCCCGUCCUACAGCUACAAGCAGUCGCUGAACAUGACAGCCGUCGGCAUCACGGAGAACGUGAAGGGGGACGCUAAGAAGUUCGAGAUCUGGUACAACGCGAGGGAGGAGGUCUACAUCGUCCAGGCGCCGACUCCCGAAAUCAAAGCGGCCUGGGUGGGCGAGAUCCGGAAGGUGCUGACCAGCCAGCUGCAGGCUUGCAGAGAAGCCAGCCAGCACCGGGCGCUGGAGCAGUCUCAGAGCCUGCCCCUGCCGGCCGCACCCAGCUCCAGUCCCUCCAGAGGGACCGCAAGAAACGUCAAAAAGCUGGAAGAGAGGAAAACAGACCCCCUGAGCCUGGAAGGCUACGUCAGUGCCGCGCCGUUGCCGAAGCCCCCGGAGAAGGGCAGAGGUUGGAGCAAGACUUCCCACUCUCCGGAGGGCCCCGGGGAUGACGCGGACUGGUCGAGCGCGGAGGAGCCCGUCAACUCGUCCGACGCAGAGGAAGAUGGCGGGGCCCCCCCGAAGAAGCUGGUCCCGGGCAGACGCACGGUCGUGGUGGGCCCCGUGGAGGGCGGCCCCGGCGCCCUGGCCGUGAGGAGCGGGGACGUGGUGGAGCUGGUCCGGGAGGGCCACGAGGGCCUGUGGUUCGUGCGGGACCCCGGCACGGGCAAGGAGGGCUGGGUGCCGGCCAGCAGCCUGUCCCCCCACCUGGGCAAGUCCGGCUCUGCGCAGCGCCUGAGCAGCUCAGAGUCGAGCCCGGGGUCGGCCGUGCUGAGCCACUCGUCCAGCUGCAGUGAGAGCGGCCAGGCCUCCUUCGCCGACCUCCAGGGCUAGGCCGGGCGCAGA